AUGGAUUAUGGCUACUUUUUCCCCGCACAACAUAUUGAAGAAACAAAUGGUGUGGAUUUUUGGAUAGACAGUAAUGCUGAAUUUGCACUAUCUAAAAGGCCCGAUUCUUCAACCUCUAGUAUCACAAGGGUCUUAACGGACACCACAAAUGUUUCAAAUAAUAGUGGAUCACUAAAAAGGCAAAAGAUCAAGCACAAAAAAUUCUCACAAAAAAAAACAUUCAAUAACAGUGAGUAUUUUGACUUUGGCAAAGCCAAUAUCGAUUGUAAGCAUGUGUUUAAAAGUAUAUCCAAACAACUUAUUUUUCUUCCAAGAAGCUUUCAACAUCACAGCAUCCGAGGCUGGAUGAAAGACAGAUACUCCGAAUUUGGUUAUAAAUUAAAGAGAAAUCAACAUUGCCCUCCUUCAGCAUGUGUACAAACACUUUACAAUACUGGCAGAUCAACUAAUGAAGAUUCCCUUCCCAAUGAUUUAGAUUCUCUAAUAAUAUAUAAAUUUAUGAGAUACUCUGACAAGAAAAAGGAGUUGAUGUGUAGGUUUUGCCAAGGAAGUAAUUGGAUUGUUGCUGAAAGCUAUCUAAAACAUUUAUUCUUUGCACAUGGCAUUUUGUCUGAGUUUAAACCGCACACUUUAUUCCAUUUUGAAUCCAAAUUGUUAAAAAUCAAAGAAAAUAUUAAUUAUAAAAUUCAAGUAUUAAAAGAAGCAGAGUUUAGAAAGAGCAUUCUGAGUUCUCUCAACGUAUCCAUUAUUCCCUUACCUUUGGCCUAUUAUACUCAAACGUUGAACGGGGGAUUCAGGAGAAUCCAUGUAAAGUGUCCUCAUUGUGAAAGUUGGGUUCGUUUGGGUUGGUGCGAAUAUGAUGAAAUUAUCAAAGAUUCCUUUCAGGAUUUUGAGUCCCUACGAAAUCUCAAUGCCAAUUAUGAUGGGAUGUCGUAUGUCCAAACACGUAGUAGAGAAGAAAUUGAAGGUAUAUAUGAGAAUUAUUUUACACACUACAUUCAAUGCGACUUAGCCAGGUUCCGAACAAAAUGUUUAUAUGUCCAAGUAAUAACAAAAAGUAGUUGA